UUUUGUGUUUUUUAUUUACAAAGUGGUUUAAAAUGUUACUAUUUCGCAGUAUGACAGUCAAACUAAAUCAGUUUUUCAUUUAACUAUACAUGUAUAAGACUUAGUAAUUGAAACUUUGUAUUUUAAAAAUCGUGAGGAUUAGGAGUCGUGCGUAAAUCUGUUAUUUAUUAACUUAGACAGAAAAAAAGCUGACCGCCUGAUAUAACAAUUUUUUUUUAAUAAGUCAGCAGAUUUGAGAGUUCUUUGAAUAAAGAAGUUGAAAGCAAAAUUAUGGACUGGCAAUGUUUACCACCAUUUGAUUCAGACAUAAAAAUUGAGGAAGUUCAAAUUGAAAUAAAAUCUGAGAAAGACGAACGAGAAGAACUGACAGAGUUGAUCAAAGCAGAAAUCGAUGUAAAAUUUGAAACUUAUGAACAGGAGGAAAAUGGGACAGUGAGAAAUGAGAAUAUUGAAAUCAAAUUUGAAGGAAACACACAAGAAAGUUUGGAACACUACCUAAAAGAAUUUGAUGAAACUCAAGGCGUCGAAGAAACAAAAAACUACCCAUCGUCAAAAAAUUCAUCGCAAAAUACGUGGAAUUGUUGCCUAUGCGAUUUCGAAGGUAAGGAUAAAAAUGACCUCAAAGACCACAUAAUAUCUUCACAUCAGGUCACAUCAAGCUUCAGCUUAUUCAAAUGUAAUAUCUGCCAUUAUACAAAUAAGUAUUUAUAUAAAGUUGUGAUUCACGAGGCCCAGCACAAAAGACUUCCAGAUGCGGAGUGCCACCAACCCGAUGCUGCAGUUGAGCAGAAAAUCGAUUUGGAAAGUAACAAUCAGAAAUGCAGCCUUUGCGAUUUUAAAUACAAUAAUAAGAACGAUCUCGGAGAGCAUAUUAAAGUCGCACACAAAGACCCAUCGAACUUGAAUAUGUUCAAGUGUAACGUUUGUAAUUAUCUAACAACGUACUUUCACAAGCUUGUACAGCACAUGUCGUACCACAACAGUCCCUCAGAGGGCAAUGGAUACCCGUGCGAUAAGUGCAACUAUAGAUCGCGGUAUAAAAUCUAUUUGAAGCAACAUGCUCUUACACAUGUUACUAUACCAGAAGCGGAUUUGCACAAAUGCAGUAUGUGCCCAUUUGGAGCGAGAUCAGGGAGUGGCCUGUCUAGACACCUGUUAACGCAUAAGAUACAGUGGUACCCAUGCGAGACGUGCGACCAUAAGCCGGUAUACAAAAGUGGCAAGAAGUCGCACAUUUUAAAACACAAGGAGUCGUCGAAAGUAAAAGUGUAUAAGUGCAAUAUGUGUGAGUUCUAUACGAGGUGGAAAAGUAGCUUUAACAAGCACUUGUCGAAACAUGACAGUUGUUCUGAGUAGAUAUAUUAGGAUAAAUUUGUUUAUGUGAUUGUACAAAUGAAUGAGCAAAAUUCUUGAAUACGUGGAGAAUAUAGACACUAGACUGUUAUAAUUUCACAAUUUUUUAUUUGAUCUUAGAAAAAAAACAUUGCCAUUAAUGCCUUCAAAAAUACUGCAAAUCUUUUCAAUGUCUAACUUAAUAAUAAUUGUUAUUUUUGUUUCAAAUGGAACAAUGUAUAGUGUGUGUAUUGAUACAACAAAUUUGUGUCAUAUUUAUCAGGAAUGCUUUGGAUAUUAAAAAAAUAAAAAUCAAUUAGGUAUGAAAAAUUUCAAAGUUAGCAAGUUAAGGAUAUUUAAAUAUUUUGCAUGUUCAAAAUUCUUCAAAAAUCGUGGUGUUCUGUAAGAAUAACAAAGUGGCAGCUUAUAUACAGGGUGUAACAUUGAGUGGAGGUCAUAUUUAUAUAAAGGCUUCCUUUGACCAUUAGAAACAUGUAUCAAUAACGACGCGUUUUAGUCACAGCGCAUGCACAAUUUCGCUGCGAGUUAUAUAUACAAAAAUAUAUAGUCUGUUGGCUUCCAGUAGUGAAAAGGAUUCAAAUUCACAGUUAGAUGCGGAACAACUGACUCCCUUCGCUUUGUCGCUGUUGACCCGCACUAUCUCCCUUCACGUGCGUUGUAGGUUGCUUACAAUUCAUGUAUUUGUAAUACAUGAAUAUUACAAUGAUAGCGUACACAAGUAUUAAAGUAUUUCAGAUUCGUAUUUAGGGGAACAUCUACUAUUUCUCCUAAGAAAUUGACCCUCAGUUAAAGUGACACCCUGUAUAGCAUCGCUUGGUCAGUGACCACCCACAUAAAUAUACAGGGUGAUUCAGAACUUAUCCAAAAAAAAAUUCUCGA